CGCAUCCAGCCUUCGGUGACAUCAACACAGGCAGCACACAGCUUCUUCGAUGGCGAUUUCGGUGACAUCGGGUCCGCGGGUGUUGCUGGCCGCUUGUGUGCUGCUCGCCGCAAUCUCGGCCUCCCACCAACAAAAGAGAGCGAUUGACUGUCGGAGGUUUGUCUUCGCUCCAAUUUGCCGUGGGGUUGCAGCAAAGAGGUCUGAUCCAACCCUGGGGCGACUCUUUCACGCGCUGCAACAUCAGAAAAGGUUACUUGCUGAAAAUGAAUCUGAUUUUCUUCAACCCGCGACUGUAUCGCCGGACGUCAGAGAUUUAGCGGCACCUGCGCCACAACUUCUGAAUAAUGAGCAGGAACUGGACGCUCGUCGCGACUCUGCCUACCGGUUUUACAUGCCGCGCUUGGCACCCCCACGCUCGGAAUACGAAUACUAACCUUCCCACACACAUUCGAUGUUGCACUAAGUUUGUUGAUUGAUUAAUUAUUACUUUGACGAAUAAUCCGCUGCAUAAAGAUGAGACGGCGCUCCCUUGAUUGAGUCAAUUCAAUUAUGUUAAGAGGCUGGGAAUUUAUUCACACACAACACACACUUUACCUAUACAUAUAUGUGUUCUUAUGGCAACGCUGAGAUUGUAAUUGAGACGUGCUACUUAUCAGGCGACACCUGCAUGCCGCGGCAAAUUUCCGCGUACAUAAUUUUCUUGUGCUGGAUGAACGAUUAAUUCAAUAAAACUCUCGCAAAAGAGGAUAGAUGAUAA